CUUGUAUUCAACACCAGAAACCUUUUCGCGCAGGCUCCGCGACACCUGACGAAUUCUUGGAUAGCUGUGACCGGCCGUUGUUGUACGACCAGCAUCCGUUAGGACCUUGUAGCGAGGACGCCAGCAGAUACGGGACAGCCCGCCGCGCCUAUGGCCUAAUCAUAGAAUUCACGAGAUCUCCACGACUCCUGCACCUCAGCAUCAAUGUCUACCACAGACGCGCGAGAUGCUGGGCCGCAUGCCACGUUCAAGUUCCCCGCCUUUGAGCCGGACCUACUUCCAACACAUGAGGAGGAGCCAUUCGGCCUGACUUCUUCUCGCAAUGCGAGCCCUAGCCACGCCGCGCAUACGAAUGGCUAUGCUCUACCUUCGGAGAGGUGGCAGCCUCGAAAAGAAGCAAGAGUAGGAUUUGUGAGCCACUCGAUAUCAGGGCCCUCCAACAGACACGGCAGACAGAAGAGUCUUAGUGAGGCUUUCCAGACAAUAAGGACACGGAAAGGCAGCGUCAGCCAGAAUGCGCACGAAAUCGCAGAUGCGCUCAAGGCGCCGCUCUCUCCAAAGCUCAUUUUGCUCUGCGGUGUCUGGUAUAUGACCUCCAUUUUCACAAACAUGUCUUCGAAGGCCAUCCUCACUGCGCUUCCAAAACCGAUAACGCUCACGACCGUCCAAUUCGCCUUCGUCUCGGGGUGGUGCAUAAUACUAGCUGCGCUGGCCAAACGAUACCCGCGCAUGAAGCAGGCAAUGCCGUUUCUGAAGUAUGGAAUCCGCCGGCCACACAAGGAGAUCAUCGUCGCAACUUUACCCCUUACCGCGUUUAUGAUCGGCGGUCACAUCUUGAGUGCGGAUGCGACUUCGAGGAUCCCGGUGUCGCUGGUGCACACCAUCAAAGGACUGUCCCCACUCAUGACGGUGCUGGCAUACCGCUUCGCCUUCGGCAUAUCGUAUUCCAUACCGACGUAUUUGUCUCUGAUACCUCUGACGCUUGGUGUCAUCUUGGCAUGUUCCGCGGACUUCAACGCCAAUUUUCUUGGUCUUGUGAUGGCCUUUGCCAGCGCUAUUGUUUUUGUGACGCAGAAUAUCGUGUCCAAGCAGAUCUUCAACGAUGCUGCAUCCGCCGAGAAGGAAGGACUGCCGCCCACAAAGUUCACGAAACCCGACAAGCUCAACUUGCUCUGUUACUCGUCUGGCUUGGCGUUCUUGUUCACGCUCCCUCUCUGGUUGUGGUCCGAAGGGUUCACACUAUUGGGAGACUUUCUGCAUGAUGCUUCGAUCGAGCUGUCUGAGAAACCCGGUGCUUACGACCAUGGACGACUUCUUCUCGAAUUCCUGUUCAAUGGAACCUUCCACUUCGGGCAAAACAUCGUCGCCUUUGUCUUGCUCUCUAUGGUCUCACCAGUCACCUACUCCGUUGCGAGUCUGAUCAAGCGCGUGUUCGUCAUCGUUUUCGCCGUUGUCUGGUUCAAGAAGCCUUUGACGAAUACACAAGCAUUUGGGUUCGUGCUGACCUUCAUCGGCCUGUACCUCUACGAUAGGACGUCAGAUGCAGCGAAAGCGGACAAGCGCGCAAGAGCACUGCAGUCGAAGGGCCAAGGGACACUGCUACCUCUGGCUACAGACGUCAAGUCACGACCUACAUUCACUGCGAGCCCGGCCACGAUGUCUGCCGGUACAGGUGCAUACCCAGUAGCGAGAGACGAGAAGAGAGACGACGACGCAGGCCUCAGAAGGCCUGACAUGGGUUCAAGCUAUCUCCCACCAGGCACGAAGCAAGAAGAGACAUGGCGACGGUAGAAGGCUAGUGUAUAGUAAUAUCUCGAUGUAUACAUAUGAAUAGAUGAUAGACGAAUGAACGUGUAC